AUGACGCCAGGGAGAUUGGUGGAUGACUUCAAGACCCCCUCCUUGUCAUCCUACACAGUGGCCCCCGCCACGGGGACAGAUCUUGCUCGGUUCGACAGCCCGCUUUCGCGCAUGUUGGCUUGUGCGCACCAUGUAUGGAAGUUGAAGUAUGCUAUCGCCCGCCCGGCGCCUCUGAUGUAUAAUCACUCGCUUGUGGCAGGGUGUAGGGACGACGAGGCGCCUGACUGCCAUGUCCUUAGCAAUAUUGAGAGCUACCAUACUCUGUUGGCGUACCUCACGCUGCGUCGUGAUAAGAUGUCGUUGGCGCACCAUGCUCUUGAGUCAGUGGGUUGGCCAACCCAUCACGGCCAUCUCUUCGACAGUAGCAUGACCCAACACAGAAGCUACUCAACGAGGCGUGCCAGAUGGUAUGGGGGCUGGCGGUGUCAGGGCCGCAGUAACCUCCAUGAUUGGCGGGGACGAAUAGCACAAGCUGCCUCGGCAGGUCAAGAUAUUGUGUCAUCCACUGAACUCCAGUAUCGGGACUGCAUGGCCGCCGCAUCAUACACGAACAAUGGCAAAGCAUUAGCUCUUACGAAGACCUGA